AAUACACACAUACACAUAUCAUUCUAAACCACACUACUACUCUCUACAUCUACAUAUCUAAAAUCAUAUUAACAAUUACGAACUAUAAUCAUAUAUACAUGGCUUCCAGUAACAUUUCUUUCAUGAUGAGCUUCAUUCUUUGCCCACUGAUCAUGUUAAUAUCCUCAGGUUCUGCAACGACAACUACAUCUUACAAUGUAUUGAUGGGGUUUGGGGCUAAACCCAAUGGCCUUACAGACUCCACCGAGGCAUUCCUGCGUGCAUGGGACGCUGCAUGUGCCUCUACAGACGCCGCCCUCAUAUACGUCCCCAGAGGCAGGUAUCUGCUUCGCCCACUGGCCUUCAAGGGUCCCUGCAAAAGCCCUCAUAUCACCUUCCGGAUAGACGGCACCCUCGUCGCCCCGUCGGACUACCGAGUGUUGGGCGGAGCUGAGAACUGGCUUAACUUCCAAAGUGUCAGCGGCGUUUCUAUUGUCGGUGGUGCGCUUGAUGCCAGAGGCCCUGCCUUGUGGGCUUGUAAGGCCAAUCCAGCCAACUCAUGUCCCAGUGGAGCCACGACACUGAGCAUUACAUACUCCAAGGAUAUCAAAAUCACCGGACUGACGUCGUUGAACAGCCAAAUGUUCCACAUUGUGAUAAAUCAUUGUGAGAAUGUUGAGAUGAGAGGAGUCAGAAUCAUUGCCCACGGUGACAGUCCCAACACGGACGGCAUCCACGUUCAGCUCUCCAAAAAUGUUGUCAUCUCCAACUCCUCUGUAGGAACUGGGGACGACUGCGUUUCCAUCGGCCCUGGCACUCAGAAUCUCUGGAUCGAACGCAUGGCGUGUGGUCCUGGUCACGGCAUCAGCAUCGGGAGCCUGGCUAAGGACAUGGAUGAGGAGGGAGUCCAAAAUGUGACCGUGAAGCAAGCUGUUUUCACAGGCACUCAGAAUGGAAUUAGGAUCAAAUCCUGGGCCAAGCCCAGCAACGGCUUCGUCCAGGGUGUUCACUUCUCGAACAUCGUCAUGAGAAACGUCCAAAAUCCAAUCAUAAUUGACCAAAACUACUGCCCAGGCAAAGUCAAUUGCCCAACUCAGGUGUCUGGUAUAAAGAUCGACGACAUAACUUAUCAAAACAUCAAAGGAACAUCAGCAACGACAGUUGCAAUGAAGUUCGAUUGUAGCACUGGGAAUCCAUGCAGUGGGAUUAGAUUGGAAGAUGUCAACUUGACUUUGCAGAACAAACCAGCUCAAUCCCUCUGUGCCAAUGCAAUUGGAAUGUCUUUCGGCACCGUUCUUCCACAUAGUUGCUUAUCAACCUGA